AACAUUUUGCACAGUGGACUGUCCACUUAGAACAAGAAAAAGACACUACUGUUCAAGGCUAUUAACUCAACAAUGUCGUUCCCUCGGUUUCUCCGCAGCGCCAUUAAAACCAGCCGAAUCACAUCACCAUUAAAGUUUGGCCUUUCAUCAGCAAGAUCAACACUCUGUGCUUCUUCUAAUGGCGAUUGGAAUCGACCCUUUUGUUCCGAUUCCAAUAAUUCGACUUCCGAAUCCGAGAAGAGUACAGCAGCAUCAGCGUCAUCGUACUACCAUCUAAGCGGUGGGCCAUCUCAUAUGCGCGCUGCUGUGUUUUGGGAACCGGGCAAACCCCUCACUUUUGAGGACUUUCACAUGCCUCGCCCUAAAGCUAAUGAAGUUCUCAUCAAAACUAAAGCCUGUGGGGUCUGCCACUCUGACCUGCAUGUAAUAAAAGGUGAACUUCCAUUUGCUAGCCCUUGUGUUGUGGGGCAUGAGAUUACUGGUGAAGUGGUUGAACAUGGGCAGCUCACAGACAGUAAAAUCAUUGAAAGAUAUCCUGUGGGAUCUCAAGUUGUUGGAGCUUUCAUUAUGCCUUGUGGUAGCUGUUUCUUCUGCUCUAAGGGUCAAGAUGACUUAUGCGAGGCUUUCUUUGCUUAUAACCGAGCGAAGGGAACCCUUUAUGACGGGGAAACACGUCUGUUCCUCCGCAAUAGCGGUAAGCCAGUGUAUAUGUAUAGCAUGGGAGGUCUUGCUGAAUACUGCGUUGUGCCAGCACAUGCAUUGGCUGUUCUACCAAAUUCAUUGCCAUAUACAGAAUCUGCCAUUUUAGGAUGUGCAGUUUUUACUGCCUAUGGGGCUAUGGCUCAUGCUGCAGAGGUGCGCCCAGGUGAUGCUAUUGCCGUGAUUGGCAUAGGAGGUGUUGGCUCAAGCUGUCUGCAAAUAGCAAGAGCAUUUGGGGCAUCAGAGAUUAUUGCAGUAGAUGUGCAAGAUGAGAAAUUGCAGAAAGCUAAAAUGUUUGGAGCCACUCAUUGUGUAAAUGCAUUGAAGGAGGACGCAGUGAAGAGAAUAAAAGACAUCACAGGAGGCAUGGGUGUUGACGUAGCUGUUGAAGCUUUGGGGAAACCACAAACAUUCUUGCAAUGCGUGCAGAGCGUUCGGGAUGGAGGCAAAGCUGUGAUGAUCGGACUGACUCUAUCUGGUGCUAAAGGGGAGGUGGAUAUAAACCACCUAGUGCGACGACAGAUAAAAGUAAUUGGUUCUUAUGGAGCCAGAGCAAGACAAGAUCUCCCUAAGCUGAUUAAACUCGCCGAAAGUGGCAUAUUCAAUCUAACUGCAGCUGUUUCAAGGACAUGCAAAUUCGAGGAGGCCGAACAGGCAUACAAAGAUCUUGAUCAGGGAGCCAUUUCUGGACGCUGUGUUGUUGAGAUAAUGUAAUUGUGACAUCUACAGAAAGCAUCACCCAUUUGACAUUCAUGUAAACUUCAGUUUUCUUGUGAUCAGAUGCUAGCAAAUGUUACUGUUGGUGUUUAAUGAAGCAAACGGUUAAGACCUGUACAUAAUGUAAAAAGAAAUAAAGCGAAUUUUCAAAUGA